AUGUUUCAUCUAGCGUCAUCAUUGUACACUCAAUACACCAAACGAGAACAAUACAAUGUUCUUAUUCUAGGAUUAGACAAUGCUGGGAAAACGUCAUUUCUUGAGCAUAUAAAACUACUAUACCCAUCAGCAACUGCAUCCUCAUCUGACAAGAAAUCGCAUAGUUUAACAGCUAAUAUGAAGAAUGGAAGUAGUGGUGACUCCAAUGACAAUACAAAUACUGAAUCAAGUCCACAGCGAUCAACAACAUCCAUUUUAAAGUCCAAACGAAUCUUGCCUACUGUGGGACAAAAUACCACCACAAUCAAAUUUGAAGCUUCAAAUAAACUGUCACCGUUUGCAUCACAGUUCAAAAAUAUCAAUUUAAAAUUUUGGGACCUAGGUGGUCAAAAAUCACUCCGUAACAUGUGGUCGAGAUAUUUCAAACAAUGCCAUGGAAUAAUAUUCAUCAUAGAUUCAACUGAUACUGAACGGUUUCAAGAAUGUUAUGAAACCUUGAUUGAAAUUGCCCAUGACGAUAGUUGGCUUUUGCUGGAAGCGAACGAAAAUGGGGCAUCCAAUCCAGAUUACGAACAAACUAUAGGAUUAGAUGGUACGGUAAAUGUACCUAUUCUAAUGCUUGCAAAUAAACAAGACUUACCACAAGCAGUUGAUUUGGUGAGUUUGAAAACUGGUGUUUUUAUCAAAUUGGUUAGUGAGUUGGAAGCUACUGAUUCAAAGCUUUUGCCUGUAAGUGUGUUGGAAAAUCAAGGAUUGAAGGAAAGUUUAGAAUGGUUGGUGACACGAUUGAUAUAUAAUAAAGGAAACAAAGUUCCACAGUAUAGUUAG